CCCCAACCCCCUCCCGAUAUUUUCAGAAUCUGAUAGCUUCAGACCCCUGCCCAAACUGCCCGCAAGAUCACGGGCAGCACUCUCAGUAACACUGACAUCCAAACACUCCCUUACCACUAUGGCUCCUUCAUCAUCAUCUCAUUCCUUCUCACAGCUGCUGCUUCUCAAUCAUCUCUUUUUUACCCUUUGAUUUUUUAUAUCUAUAGCUUCACCUAUACAUACGUCCAUCUCUCGCCCUCUGAUUUCUCUCUCUGCUUCAUCCGACGGUCCACAAUGAACGCCGCCUCUCUUCUCUGUUUCCCCUGGCUUUAGCUCUCCAAUCUCUCAGAUCUGCUGCAUCCAACCUCAGAUCUACUCUUCUGGAAAAUCGGACGGUUGAGGGUGAAGGAAGUGUAGAUCUAACGGUUACCGUGAUUCGCGUGCAGGUUUAAUUUUUCGCACUGUAGCGUACUGAAGAAAUGGAAAUAUUAGCUAGUAGUUUUGACGAAACGAUGACGUUUAACGUCGUUAAUCCGGGUGUGCUAACGUGCGCCGGGGAAGCAGUGGUUUUAUUAGCUGCAGCUGUUGUCUCGGCUUUGGUCAAAACUUCCCUCGUUGUUCUCACGCAGUUUAGCAGCUGUAUCUCUGCAGCAAGUAUUUUGCUCCAAAAAAGAAAAGAAAAGAAAAGGAAAAAGAUCUGCUGCACGUGGAAAUUUUUUUUAGAGUACCUCAAUCUGCUAAGAAACAAGCCCAAAAUGAGAGGAGACACUGAAACCUACUGCCCAUGCAAGCAACUUGAUGCAGAGGGGGGCGAUGGUGAGGAUGACGACGAUGAUGAUGAGGAUGACGGUGAAGGUGAGGAGGACUUGUCGUCUGAAGAUGGGGAUGAUUUUGGCAGCAACCCCAACAAUAACAAGAGCAAUCCUAAGAAGGGUCCAGGUGCAGGAGGAGGAUCAGGUGGGGCGGAAGAGAAUGGUGAGGAUGAUGAUGAUGAUGACGACGAUGAUGGCGAAGAUGACCAAGAUGAAGACGACGACGACGACGAUGAUGACGACGGUGGUGAUGAAGAAGAAGAUGGUGGUGAAGAAGGUGAAGAGGAAGUUGUCGAGGAAGAGGACGAGGAAGAGGAAGACGAUGAAGAGGAAGAAGCUCUGCAGCCCCCAAAGAAGAGAAAGAAGUGAAUCUGAAGAAAGAAUAAUCCAUUCUCCUUGUAUCCAUAUGUGACUUAUUUGCCAACUCCUCGGCUCAUACUGGGAGGACCAGGUCUAUCUAGGAUAAAUGUUAUCUUGCAAUUAAAUUUCCAUAGAACGGUUAGAGUACUUUGUAUGACUGCAACUGUGGCAAAUUUGAAGAGUGCAUAAAUUUGGCAGUUUAACAGUUGACCGAUUUAAAAAAAACAAUAAACGUCCAAGGUCAAUUGCUAAUGUUUCAA